CCAUCUCGUUGUAUGUUGUGUGACUUAACGGUUGAACUAAUGUCAGACGUGGAGUUUAGACAGCCAGGCAAUGCAGAGCUAAUAAAAUUUACAAGUCGUAAUGACAGAUGGUAUGGAUUACCACUGUGACUCGAGGACUUAUAGACUUGUGGAUUUUUUUUGACCGUGGAAUUACAGAGACGCCUUUUGUUCUGAAAUGAUGGCUUGAUAUGUUUCUCGUACCUCGGUGAUCACAGUCAGAGCCAAUCCGUCGACCGCCCGCAGGGAAGCGGCGUCACAAUAGCUACAAACGUGAUUUUGAUCUGGCAAAAACCAAUUCGCCAAAAGCCCGAAAUAAUGUCACCCAUACCCGUCCUUCCGCUGGUCAUCAACUGCUUCAUGUCUGUGCUCGGCUGCUUGGCCACACUGAAACUCAUUCCGGCUUUCAAAGAUCAUUUCAUAUCAGCCAGAUUAUACGGAGUGGAUCUAAACAAAACAUCCAAAAAGGAAGUUCCAGAGUCUCAAGGAGUCAUCAGUGGGACUGUCUUCCUCAUCAUCCUUUUCUGUUUCAUCCCAGUGCCUUUCCUCAGCUGCUUUGUUGGAGAUCAGUGCAUGGGCUUCCCACAUGAUGAGUUUGUACAGCUCAUCGGUGCACUUCUAGCCAUCUGUUGCAUGAUCUUCCUUGGUUUUGCCGAUGAUGUGCUCAACCUCCGGUGGAGACACAAGCUCUUGCUUCCCACCAUGGCUUCCUUGCCACUGCUCAUGGUCUAUUUUACCAACUUUGGCAACACUGUCAUAGUGGUGCCCAAGCCCUUCAGAGCACUGCUCGGACUGCACUUGGAUUUGGGCAUCCUGUACUAUGUCUACAUGGGAAUGCUUGCUGUAUUCUGCACAAAUGCCAUCAACAUCCUAGCAGGCAUCAACGGGAUCGAAUCAGGCCAAGCUCUGUUUAUCUCGGGCUCCAUCAUCAUAUUUAACCUUCUGGAGCUCAGCGGAGAUUACCGCGAUGACCACGUUUUCUCCCUCUACUUCAUGAUACCGUUCUUCUUCACCACAUUAGCGCUUAUGUACCACAACUGGUACCCUUCAUCUGUGUUUGUGGGAGAUACUUUCUGCUACUUUGCUGGGAUGACCUUUGCUGUAGUCGGCAUCCUGGGACACUUCAGCAAAACAAUGCUGCUGUUCUUCAUUCCUCAAGUGGUUAACUUUGUCUACUCCGUACCACAGCUGUUUCACAUAAUCCCCUGUCCCAGGCACCGGCUCCCGAGGUUGAACCCAGAAAAUGACAAGCUGGGGAUGAGCUACUCUAAAUUCAAAACAAAGGACCUCUCUAAGUUAGGCCACCUCAUUUUGACGGUGGCAGAGUUAUUAAAGCUGCUCGAGGUGCGCAGAGGCCAUGAGGGGGAUGGUGAUUUUAUUGAGUGCAACAACAUGACCUUAAUAAACCUGGUGCUGAAAGUACUCGGACCCGUCCACGAGAGAACUCUCACAGUCAUCAUGCUCGUCAUACAGGUGAUGGGCAGCGCAGUGGCUUUUGGGAUCCGUUAUCAUCUCGUCCGUCUCUUCUAUGACGUCUAGAUUACCGGGACUGAGGACGGAGUGCUGACUGAGGAAAAUAUGAUACUGCUGUGGAACUAUUUUACAGGCUCACUGUUCAUUUGCCUUUUAAUAGUUUCCACUACCUCACUGACAUUUUUCAUAUUCAGACUCUUUCUGCAGUAAAGACCCAGAGCAAGGGUUAAAGCUUUAUUUAACUUCACCACAACAUUUUCAUAUAUAUGUACAAGCAGAACGGCUAAUGAUUUGAUGCCAACAGUAGCGCUCUCCUGGGAUUCAGUCAUUACAGUCAGGGAAAUGUAACUGGGUCUUAAUCACCCCACGUGUUCACCCUGAAAGUAUAUUUUUAUACUUGGUUUUUAAAAAGAAAGUCUGUCAAGUUUUGAUCUUCGGUGUAGCAGACAUCGCUGACUUGCAAACGUAGAAAUCCUCUAAAAACUGGUCAAAUAUUCACAUGUUCACAUACUGCUUUAACCUGCUGUUGAGAGAAAAUGUGCCUACUUACACUUUAAUGCAGUUAUGGUAGGAAUAUUAAACUCAUUUAGUGCUUCUUGGUUGUUUCUUUUCCCUCUCAACAAAAGUCACAACAACAAAAUGAUUGUUGUGAAGAACAGCAGUGAAAUAUCAAAGGAGUGUAGUCAUCAAUAAAGUGUGAGGAGAUGAUUAAAUAGAGGUCAUGAAGUCACAUGACCACGUCCUGAUUGUGGAAAAAGCACAUCCCGAUUAAAGAUAACUGAUCGUCUUUGCUUUUCUUUCAUCAAAUAUAUAGCCGUGUUGUUUAGGACUGAGCAUCAUCCCAACGGUUUCAGAAAGAGCAUCAACGUGAAGUCAACUGGCACUGGACUUUUUUUAUUUAGGAAUGUAAUUACAAGUGCAAAACUGUUUACUGAGAUUGAAGGCACAGAUUAUCAAAUAAAAACGGGAAAAAUGAUGAUGUAA